AGGGCGCGCAGGACGCAAGAAUAGUGCGGGACCGAAGGAGAUUGGAUAGAUAGAUGAAGAAUGUGAAACAGAAUCUGUAGAACCUAACAGACGGUAUAUACUAGACGAGGGAGAAAAGUCUUGAUGGCUUUGAUGGGGAAUGAGCAAGAAGUGUAAACUUAAUGAGCAGGUUGACUUUGUUGCAAGGGUAGAAAUGGACCGCCAGGAGACUGGAAGAGAGAUCCUAUAGAUCUGUAGAAAUUCUUUAAGUCAUGCUGAUUCCGUCUGAUCUGAUUGGUUCCUUUAUUCAUGAGGGGGCUGACGGGCCAUGAUUUGCAUUUGAGAGACAAGGGCAGAGUGCUAGUUUGCUACAGCGUACAGAGUGUUUGCAAGAUUGUUGUAUUUGUUGUCUUUGCUUGGCAUAAAAAUCUAUAGCCACCUUGCGAGCUUAAUGUCAAUCUUCCUUCUUGUUUCCGAUGUUCUCUGACCUUUUGCUCUAGUUUCCCCAACUGAUCCACUAGGCAUAAUGCAAAGGGUCUCGGCGCGAGCUCUCCGAUUUGCUACGAGGAGAGAGGCCUCAAAGUUUCUCUCUGGUUCACUUGCAGUUCAGGCUUCCAGGCUAUCAAGACCCAUGGGGGUGUUGAGUUUCCAGUCCAGGAGGAACUUCUCCGCUGGUGCCAACCCAGCUACUACCUCUCCGAUUGAGGUCACCAUCGAGCCGAUGAAAAAGGAUGAUUUCAAUCAGUUGAACAAUGACAUGACUCCAAGACAAAUUGUGGAUUAUCUCAACAAGCACAUUGUUGGACAACAGGAUGCGAAGAGGGCGAUCGCGAUCGCUAUGCGAAACCGAUGGAGACGAAUGAAGUUGGAAAGCCCUCUGAAAGAUGAAGUCAUGCCAAAGAACAUCUUGAUGAUUGGUCCUACAGGGGUAGGCAAAACUGAAAUCGCCCGCCGCCUUGCGAAGCUUGCUGGCGCGCCUUUUAUUAAAGUUGAAGCCACGAAGUAUACCGAAGUCGGCUUUCAUGGCAAGGACGUUGAUACUAUCAUCAAGGAUUUGGUAGACAUUGCUGUAGUGCUGCAGCGGAACAAGAUGAAGGAACAAUUGAAGCAGGAAGUCGCGAUCGCUGUGGAAAACAGAAUUCUUGAUAUUCUUGCUGGGGAUGUUGCACAGUCAAGCACCAAAGAAUCUUUCCGUGCAUUGUUGCGUGAGGGCGCGCUUGAGGACCGCACAAUCGAAAUCGAUCUGCCUGUCAACCCUGGGAAUCGCAAUCCGCAAGAUAAUCGUGGAUUUCAAUUCGGCGAUUUUGUCCUCAAGAUGGACAAUACUAUGGGCAACAAGACUCAGACGAAGAAGAUGAAGAUCUCUGAAUGCAGACCCAUCUUGGAAGACCUUGAAGCUGACAGGAUGAUGAAUUCGGAGACGAUUGAGCGCGAUGCGAUCAAGAAUACAGAAGAAAAUGGAAUUGUGUUCAUUGAUGAGAUCGACAAGAUUAUUGAUUCUUACAGCUACGGGGCUGAUGCUAGUGCUGAAGGUGUUCAGAGGGAUCUUCUUCCUUUGAUCGAAGGAUGUUCGAUCAGCACCAAGUAUGGAAACGUGAAGACAGACCAUAUUCUUUUCGUCUGCUCUGGAGCAUUUCACUCGGCCAAACCUUCAGACUUGCUCGCUGAGCUGCAAGGAAGGCUGCCCAUUCGCGUUGAAUUGAAGCCUUUGACCAAAGAAGACCUUUUCUUGAUCCUUACCGUGCCGGAGUCAAAUUUGAUCAAGCAGCAAAUUGCCCUCCUUGGGACCGAAAAUGUACAGUUGGUGUUCCCAGAGGAAGCUGUCAGGGACAUUGCGAACAUCGCGUUUGAGAUGAAUACUACUAUCGAGAAUAUUGGUGCACGUAGAUUGCACACGGUCCUUGAGAAGAUCGUCGAUGAGAUCUCGUACACUGCAGACGAUCAUGCAAGCCAAGAGUUCAAGAUCACGAAAGAGUAUGUUCAAGAAAGGGUGAAGGAGAUCAUGGUCAAGAGUGACCUGACGAGAUACGUCUUGUAAAAUUCCAUGAGAUAAUCAUGUCGCGGUGCAUGUUGAUAUCUACAUUCAUUCUUUGUCGAUGUAACCUUCUUACCAUUCCUGAGGCUGAUCUCCGUUACCUAUUCAUACGGGGCUAAUGGUUGCUUGUUGAUAUAAAGUAUCCUAGAUAUUCGAAUGCCAUUCCUCCUUGAAAUGAAAGGAGUAUUGGCUGAGUGAU